UUAGGCUUUUAUAAUGUGCCUGCAACAAAAUGCUUAAUUCUAUUUAUUGGAACAGUAUCUGUUUUGGCUUCUAUUUUUGGCUUAAAGCAACACUUUCAUCUGCAACUCACACCACAUAUAACAGUUCAUCAUCAAUUUUCAAGACUGUUUCUAUCGCAUAUUGCAUUUAGCAGUUCAGGGGAUUUCCUUUUUGGCUCAAUUAUCUUGUAUUCUAUGCGCAUAAUAGAAAGACAAUAUGGAACAUCAAAAUAUACGGCUUUUUUAUUUAUUACAACCAUUAUGUCGACGAUAUUAGAGGUAGUCAUGUUGAUAGUAGGAGGGAGAAUCGGAUUGAAGAGUAUACCUAGUGGACCCUAUGCUAUCACAUUUGCCAUCUUGUAUCAGUAUUAUCGAGUGAUCCCAGUGACGUAUAGAUUCAGAAUAUUUGGAAUUGUUAUGACCGAUAAACUAUUUUUAUAUGUCUUGGCAGCUCAAUUGGCAUGUUCAAGGCUAUUACAGACACUAGUGCCGUCAAUAUGUGGAUUAUUAUCUAGUGCAAUUUAUAGAACAGAUGUUGCAAAUAUCAAACAAUGGAGGUUCCCAAAAGGCGUACAGUUUUUAGCAAGUCGAUUCAUCUUGCCAUUCUUUACAUCUUCACCAAAUCCUCGAUCUUCUGCUACAGUGCCAAUCCAGCGCCCUAUUAUCACCAGUCUUAGCUCUGUAGAUAACAUUUUAGCUAAUGGGUUGAUCAAUAGAAGAAACAAUACAACUACAAAUACAAAUGAAACAAUAGCAAGUGCAAGGUCUUCACUUGCUGCUGAAGGCUCCUCUUCUGUUAGGGAGUAUCUAGAUACAAUUACAGGUAGAGAUGUAGUAGGCUCUGAUCUGGAACCACCUUCUCCAGAAUAUACCAGAAUUCUCAUGACAAUGUUCCCUGAUCAUCCAAGAGAAACAAUUACAAGAGCGCUAUCAUCAGCGCAUAAUGACUUGAAUCGAGCUGUUGAAAUUAUGCUAAGCACACCUUCCCCAGCUGGUGAAAGUAGUAGAAGUGGUAAUAAUCGUCAUUAG